AUGCAUGACGUAAUCCUGCCAAAAACCAGGCAUUUCCUUCAUGACCGUCACCCAGAAGUACGAGCAUCAGGUGAUCCCGGUGGGCACCGUCUGCAGACGAUCCUCGGCGAUCCGCUCAAGAUCAUCAGCGUGCUGCACUUUGGCGAGUUUGGCGAUGUCUACGAGGCCGAGGAGCCGGUGGAGAAGACGCGGAUGUGCCUGCGCACCGAGCACAUUAAUUGCCCCAAGGCGUUCAGAUCGCUCGAUUGCUUCAUCCGCUUGGCGCAACGAUACCCGCUGGCCGACCGUCGCUACAGUCGCCAUCUUAUCAACGUGACGAAGCAAACGGGCGACUUUGGCGAGCUGAAUGAGCUCCGUUUCCACACCUGCGAGCUGCUCGGCCCCAACCUCGACGACCUGCGCCAGCUUCAUCUGCAGCGCAAUUUCACUCACCAAAUGGCCUUCUACAUGUGCGACCAAAUCCUGCGCGCCCUCUCCGAGCUGCACCGCCUCGGCUACGUGCAUCGCCGCGUCUCGCCGAAGUCGUUCUGCGUGGGCAGCCACGUGCACGAGUCGCUGGUGUUCGUCGUCGGCUACUCGCAUCUGCACUACGUCAAGAAGGGCAACAGGGAACAUAAAGUCUACAAAGACGACUACAAAUCGUCGAUCCGCGGCUCGAAGGUGUUCCAGAGUGUGGCCGCCCAGCGGGAGAAGACCGUCCACUUUCGCGACGACCUCGAGUCACUGUAUUCUUGCUGUCACCACACCUUUAAAUUCCCGCCCCCAGGUUGUUCUCCUUUAUCGACGUGCAAAGUUCAAGAUGGGCGCGGUGCCUGCGUGGAAGAGCAAGGAGCCGGCGAAGAUGCUCAACGACAAGUCAAGAACUUCGACAAGUUGCUGCCGCCCGACUUUGAGCAGCUGUUCCGGCAUCCUCCGUACUUU